AAAGAUUUUUCUGAUUGCCUGUUAAAUUUUUUGAGACAUUUUAAUUUUAUGUAGAUAUUCAUAUUCAUUAUUUUGCACAACUCCCAUUGUGUUUUUUGAAAGUUAUCGUUGUCGUUGAGACUUGAACAAUAUUAUUUGAUUCGGAAAGUAAAAUAAAAGAAAACACAAAGCACAGUGACCAUAUUGAAAGAACACUAAACAAAAAAAAUAAACGACUGAGCUGCAGUUCAUCAAUCAUGACUACUGAGGUUUUGUCUCCGGAUCAAUCUAAAAAAGAUCGAGUUGAAACAAUUCUUCGAGGAUUUCAGAUUAACUGGAUGAACCUUCGAGAUGCUGACACAGGUAAGAUUCUAUGGCAAUACAAUGAAGACAUGUCUUGCCCAGAUGUAGAGCAUGAGGCAAGAGUCCCGAAACGUAUACUAAAAUGCAGAGUUGUUUCACGGGAAAUGAACUUCACCUCCGUUGAAAGUAUGGAUAAGUUUCGACUUGAGCAGAAAGUGCUCUUUAAGGGAAGGUGUCUCGAAGAAUGGUUCUUCGACUUUGGAUAUGUGAUUGCAAGGUCUACAAACACUUGGCAAUCAAUAUUGGAGUCUGCACCAGAGUCUCAGAUGAUGCCGGCCAAUGUUCUCAAUGGGAACGUGGUGAUCGAGACAAAGUUCUACGAUGGUGACUUACUGAUCACUACGUCGAGAGUGAGGCUCUUCUAUGUAUAGAUUUACAUGUGUUGUAUUUAUACUUAUAUAUGUUGGUAUGAUCUGUGUUCAAGGAGAAAAGGGUAAAUAAUUGUAGUGAAUCAACUGCAUUUACAUUAUUUGUUUUAUUUAUGUUUCAGUAUUAAGUAUUACUAUUUCAAUUAAAUUUUUUUGUACAUCAAAAUAAUUAAAUAUAUUUUUAUAAUGCAUAGCGAAUUUGGAAAAAAAAUAUAGAAUUGUUUUAUUAUGUCAUAAUGACAAUUCUUUUUCUCUGAACUUCAGUUGCUAAUGUUUUCAGUAAGUACAUAGUUUAUUAUUUAAAUUAUUUGAAUAAUGAAUUAUUUGUUAAUAAUUUUUAUUGUAUAAAUCUAGUCAUUGCUAAUAUUUGUAUAGAAUAAGCUUUUAGAUCAGGUGUCAAGGCAUGUGUCUUCUAAAGAUUUGGUGUAUAGCUGUGCUCUUCAAAAAUUGUCAAACUUUACUUAUUUACUGUAUGUAUAGAUGAUAAGUCAAUGUAUGUAGAUGUUCAAUUAAUUAGUGAAAAUUUCCAGAAAAAUCUCGGUGUAUAUUAGAUAAUGUUACUGUUUUUGGGGUUAUUCAUGUUGGUGUUUUUCUUGUCUCAAUUAAUGAAAUUGAAAUAUUUUUGAGAUAACUAAAAAUGAAAUGUCUUAGAUGACAGCUUUUGGAUUACUCUUGUCUCUCUUCUGUGAUGUAGAUUUCAUCUAAAUCUUUAAAGCUUUUUUUUUUUUUCAUUUUUCAUCUUAAACUUUUGACAGUAGCCAAACAGACAGAUGGCGAAGCGUUUUCAUUUUGUCAUAUCGCUUGAAUGUAGUCACAAAGCAAACCGAAUAAGGUACCUGAGGGUAUUAAGGCCUAGCUAAGGAAAAUUUGUAAUAAAAUGAAAAAUAUGCAGCAUAAUCAACAAGUUUUAUUAUUAAUCAGUCAUGUACUUAAAUUACUACCGAGAUUAAACAAAAAAUAGCUUUUCCAGCUUAAAACCAAAACAAUAUAUAACUUUUUUUAAAACGCAGUCUGUAGGCCUUAUUAUACUAGGGUAGGGUAAAAAGGCCUAUACUUUAAACUAUCCAGAAAUCAACUUAUACUACGUAAAUUGGUAUUCUUGAGAUCAAUAAUCAUUAACAUAAAGCAAUAGGAAGCAUAGUGGUCUUAUAAAAUUAAAUAAAUUGCCUUUAUUUGCAUCUACCAGUACAUUGAAAGUCAUCAGUAUCUUCUGCAGUCAAACCGACACACUCUUCGUGGUCUACAACUUGCAGCAUCGCGAGCAUUGCCUCAUUGCGUCCAUUCUAUCUUUUUGCAGGCAUGACAAUACCAACUCACUUGUUUUCGUGAUUUAGCUUCGACGGUAGUAGACUUUUUUGCAGAUACGAUUUAGUUUUCUUAGAAUUUAAAGUCUUUUUAAACUUUUUUUCUUUUCUACCUGUUUUAACAUCAGUAAAUUUUUCGUCUUGUUUCUCUUGGUUAUAUUUAUAAAAUACAUCAUUUGUGACUGGAGUACCUCGAUAAUUAAUGGCUUUUCGUCUAACAAUCGGUGUGCAUGUUUGAACUUUAACAGGCGUAGGCAUUUCGAAGUAGUAGGCAUAGGAAGAUCAUAAAAAUCAUUUCUUUUCAACCGACUGAGUGGUAAAUCAUCAGAUAAUCUGAACUAGAGCUUGUUCCAUAAACUGAGCGAUAAUAGCUGCGUUGCACGAUUGAUUCUCUUGAGACCUGACCUGUGGAUGUUGAUGCUAUUGCUGGUGAUUGCUUAGUUUGUUCUGGAGUCGCUGGUCGACGACAAUCAACAGGUGAAAUAUUUCCAAGCGAGGCAUCGGGUAUUGGAAUCGGUAUCAAAAUUGAUUGUGAACUAGCAGCAGAUUCUGAACUCUUUUGUUGAUCACUAUUAAUAGGUGGUACAUUUUCUUGAUCACGAUCAGGCGUUGAGGCUUCCGAUAAAAUAGACGGUGUUGUAUCUCCGGAUUCUGAAGCUUGAUGUUCGAGAGCUGGUGCGAUUUCUUGUGCACCAUUUGGUGUAGGAGCUUCCGUUAAAAUGGAAGGGGCAAAAGCUGUUUCUGAUAUAGCCUGUGGGUUGAAGGGGUACAAGCCAGUCGCUUUAAAGCCACUCGUGAUAUUGCUAUGUGUCAUACAUUUAGAACAAACGCUUUUAAGAAUGAUAUUAAAGCGUGCUUUCGUGAGUUUUUUGUCUCUGUUUUGGUCCAAAAAUGAUAACAAUUCAGCAUCCCAGUGGUGUUCGAAUGAUCGAUAUACGGAUUUGUCGAGGGGCUGUAAUUCAUGGGUUGUGUUAGAAGGUAAGCAGUACAAAUGAAUGCCAAGUGAAUCGGAUAUAUCGACUAUGGAAACAUCUAAAUGACAUGCUGCUCCAUCAAAUAUCAAAAGGCAUGGUGCCUGGCUUUUGUAUCUAGACAAGUGUUUUAAAAAUAUUUUGAAAAGUUCAUUAGUCAUAUACCCCUUUACUGAUUUUCCUUGUUCUUCCUGUAUAAUUUUGGUUUUAAGCGUUUUCCCUUAAAUAUGACCAUAGGUGGUAUGGCUAUGCCAAGAGCAUUAACACAUCCUGCGAUGGUAACGCUUUCAGCAUGUUCAGAAGACUGCAAAUGAACCCCUUUAGCCCCUUUUUUGGCCAAAACACCCUGCUGGUGGUGGAUAGUGAGACGGCCUCCUUUUUCAUCCAUAUUAUAAAUUUGCUCGGGAUGAUCAUAAGUCAAAUUUAUCGUAGAUAUCUCUCAGUUUUUUAAAAUGGUCAUCAACAGUAUAUUUAUUUAGCUUUUGGGCUCUAGCUGGGUUCAUGAAUUGCGCUUUUCUUACGGAUAUUUCAUGGUGUCUUUUCAUGAACGCCUUGAACCAGUCUUUGCCUGCGCGUUUGCCUUCAUCAUUAAAAUUGUGUUUUAUAUCAUUUUUCUCACAAUAUUUAUACACCAAUCGACGCAAUAUUCUUGCUGUCACAGGCAAGCCCAUUUCAGAAUAUCCUUUGCACAAUUUGAGCUUCCUCUUCACCAUUUAAUAUAGGUUUACGUCCCAAACUUUUCUUUAAACUGCCAGAUUGCAGAUGAUUUCUGAUUGUUCUUCUAGGAACCUCAUAUCUCUCUGCAGCGUUAUACGUACUCAAAUUUCCUCUUUGUACUACUCUAACAGCUGCAAUCAGAUCGUCUUCUGACCACAAUGCCUAUUUGGGAGGCAUCGUGACCGUAAGCACUGAAAACAAUGAUAAAUUGAAAAUGUAUAACUACGUACAUACUACCCACCAACAAACAUUUUAAAAACACGUUCCUACUUAUGUAGCAGUUUAAAAAAUAAAAAAAAUUAUAAGCCUUAAUAUCUGCCAACCAUGUGGUCACAGAAAAAAAUUAUAAUUAAAAUUUUACAACUACAAGUCCUUUAAGACGGUAACCCAGGGACAAGCAUACUUUAAUUUAUAAACGGACAGUCAAUACAGGCUUGUAAAUAUGAUAUUUUUAAAAUUACUUACGAUCUCGAAGACACUGGAAGAACUUCGCAAGUUCGCAGCGGCUUGUAUACGCUCUGAGCUUCUGUGAGUGUAACCUUGAUCGUCAACUACUGUAUUUCGUAGGUUUUUUGGUACUUAGGCCUUAUUGCCCAACAGGUCUUAAUACCCGCGGGUACCUUACGUGGUGAAUGAAAGGCGUGUGACGCCAGGACAAAACAGCGGCGAGCGCGCGACGCGAGGUGUGAGCGAGACAGAUGUAUCAGCUGCCUUUGUAUGACCGACGUCAGACAGACAGCGACUGUGCGACGCGACGGUCGUGGUUAUUUAUAAAACGGACCCGCCAUGGUUCAACUUCAGUUAGCUGCGCCACGCCUACUUCGUAGUUUGACGUCUCCGCUUCGGUUCAAAUUCUCUAUGCUUUCAGUUCGGUUCACAAGUAUGUUUGACAAUACCUUAAUCGACGCGGUGAUGGUUAUUGAGCCGUGACUUCAUUCAUCUUUUUUACCAUAACAUGCAGCGUGUUUCGGAGAAGGUUUAAGUUUAUGAUGUGUUGGUGAUUAUUUUAUCCGGAACCUAUAAUUUUUUGACUUAGAAAUAUCUAUAUAUUCGUAAUAGAAAUAAUUCAGUCCAUGACAUUUCAUUACAUACAAUGAGAUUAAACCAUACAAAAAUAUAUAUUUCAGGAUUUUUCUGGUCAUUAAAAAUUCAACUGCUCGAUUUAAACUUUUACAUAAGCCUUUGAAAACAUUUUUGUUGCAUUUAUUAAAAAUCUCUCAUUGUAAAAUUAAAAUGUAGUCCACAUUGAAAAUGUAAUAUUAACUAAUAUUAAACUUUAGUAUUCAGUUGUGAUUUCUGUAUUACAAAAAUAAAUAGAUUUGUAUCUGUGGUAUAAUUUUGAAAAUUGUAAAGAAAUACGUUUUAUUAUAGUGUGUAAGAUAAAGUAUUUGAAGCGAUUGUUUUACUUUUUCAACUUAGAAUUUCUUUUUCUAUGAAAAUAAGGGACGAGACGAGCAGGACGUUCAGCUGAUGGUAAUUGAUACGCCGUACCUAUUACAAUGCAGUGCCGCUCAGGUUUCUUGAAAAACCCAAAAAUUCUGAGCGGCACUACAAUUGCGCUCGUCACAUUGGAAAUAAGAUGUUAAGUCUCAUUUGAAUGAAUAACUUGUGAGUUCAAUUAUUAUGGUUGUAACAUUUUGUCCGCCGAGCUGUCCUGUGUGCCUCUUAUAAUAAAUACUUCAGUAUUCAUUAUAUCAUGGAAGUCCUGUGCUAUUUAAUGAGCUCAUUGCUAAAUUGCAUUAAUGUUUUUCGCAUAAUUUAAUAAUUAAUAUCAAAUAUAAAUAUAUUAACGGAUAGAUAUCUUCUCGCCUCGCCGUCGCGUCGUCAAUCUUGUUGUAUGUACCAACCCUAGCGCUCCGACCAGACGUAGGUAUAAAUUUUAUGGACACUGCUGAGUUACGCUACUGUCCUAUUACUGUAUUGUGUUAGUGGGGCCUCGCCCUUAUGUCUAUAUUUUAGUAUAGCGGACAAAAUGUCUGUCCGUCGUGUAUGUAGCGCUUAAGUGCAGCUUUGAUGAGUGUUAUUUAAUCGUAUUCAUAAUUUCAUUCACGCAUUUGAUAUUAGUAUGAAAGCGUUUUAAACGUAUACCUACAAUUUUGUUUAUUAAGUGUUGUAUGUCAAUUAAAUACACUAAAAUAAAUUGUAAAAA